AUGGCAAACUUUGGUGGAAGACAAGAUGGUGAUAUGCCAGAAGAGUUUCAAAGUUUUAUUCAAGUAAUGUCACAAAAGGGAAUUUACUCGGAUGCCGAAUUUAAAGCUGCCAUCAGUCAUAUUACUGGUCAUCGCAAUGUCACGGAAGUUACACGUGAUUUAAAUAAAGCGUUAGCUGAAGUUGAAAUGACAAUCCAGUCAUCAAAGUGUGAAAUUACUGGUGUCAAGCACUGGGUAUUUGCCAGCACUACCAUCGAUGAUGACAACAAUCAAGUUGAAGUAGAGCCUAAUCACGAUCAAGACACUGAUCAAGAAGGAGACAGUCUUUUGUUUACAAAAGGAAAGCUCGAAUUACUUAAAAUGAUAACAAGUGUUAUAUUAUCUCGUAACGAUAACAAUUGCAUUUCUAAAAACGAUUGCAUCAAUUUAGUUAGCAGUAUUAAGACUAAAUUAUCUCGUAGCAGCGUUGACAAGUUUAUAAAGCAGAUGAUUGAAGGACGUUGGUUAUUUUAUUUGGAUGGAAAUGUUUACCUGGGAGUACGUGGUAUUGUUGAAUUGAUGCCUUAUUUAAAAUCUGAAAAUCCAAAUCUUAAAACUUGUCAAUUGUGCAAGCAGACUGUUAACAAUCAAUUUAUGGCUCGUUAUUCCAACGACGAUGACGACCUUGAGGAUCAUCCAAGUGUUCCAAGUAGCCAAAGUAGCCAAAGUACCCAAAGUACCCAAAGUACCCAAAGUACCCAAAGUAGCCAGUUUCGUGUCAGUCAAUCUCAAGAACCUACACCUGGACCCUCUACCAGCCGUCGUAGUCGCCGUCGACGCAUAGAAGAUUAA